AUGCACGGCCUAUCUCUUGGCUGUCGCUACAUCGCCUCUUUGGUUAUGGCCCUAGAAAACAUCGCGGGACGAGAGGCUAUAUCUCGGCUGCCCUUGGUGCUAGUGGUCAACGAAGACCAGCAAGAUGAGGUGGUACGACAGCUGUGGAAAUACCGUUUUUUCGGCAUCCCCCGAGAGAACGUCAUCGUGAUCGUCCAGCCCUUCCAUCCCGGCUACUCGUACGACAAAACCAAUCGUACAUGGGCUUAUGGUGACGCGUCGCACAGCUUGCCGUUGGGCAGCGGUUACGGAUUGAUGCAGCUUGUGUGGCGGGAGGAGGCGUUGGGCGUCAGCGAAGACGGCUGCCUGGUGGCACUGGGUGAAUCGACCUUCACGUGGUUGGAGAACAAGGGAGUCAACUGGAUGAUUAGCCGGCGCUCUCGAGAUCUAGGGCUUUUGGCGAAAGAAGGCGUCCUGGAUGUCAACGCCCUAGCUUACGCACUGCACUAUCACAAAGACCGGGCGCCGUACACUAAUAUAGUGAUGGAGGCCGCCCUUACCAACAGUUUGCUGCUCGCUCGAGUGCUAGACAGGAGCUUCGAUACCCUGAUUAUCCAUGACUCCAAGAAUUAUAUUGCACCUGAAGCUCCCUGCCCUCCGUGCCCCCCCCGUCGCCUGGACGCAGCAGCUGCCGGCAAUGACAGCAGCAGCAGCAGCCCCCCGCAUUCGUACCAAGCGGUGGAGCUAUGCAGUACAGAUCUUUCGACGCCGGCAAUGAGGGCCGUACUCGCGGAUUAUCAGGCGACUGGAAAGGUGCUGGCUGGGCUGGGGCGCUACGUUAUGCAUUUGCCCAGCAUCCAACAAGCCAUGCUCGCGGGACGGCUCUCCGUACUUCGGCCCAAGCUUUGUCUCGUGGACGACCUCCUCCAUAUCCGAAUGGAAUUCGCUGAUCUCACCUCGGCACCAAAUGCGCGCUCACUGCUGUUGCAGGCGCAGGACAACAAUAACUACUUUCGCCAGAUGGUACAGUCUUGUCGGGUGGACGGGUGCCGACGGAAGACUUCGGUGGCCUUGGCGUCGACGUCGUUGCUCGGGGCCGGGCCGGGGGCCGGAGCCGCCCGCCGCAGUGGAAUGGGUUUGGCGAGCGUGUUGUCCGUACCGGCAGACCCUAAGGCGCAAACCAUAUUGGUGUUUGUUGCGGCGAAUGAGGUUUCGAUGGCCGCAGUGGAAAUGGCAGCUGCCAUCGCUCAGCCGGCCCGAGACAGGGUUAUCAUAGCCACGGUCGUUUCGGUAGAUGCCCAACAGAGCAGACAGCGAGGCGAAGAUCUUCUGACCAAGCACGGCGACGAGUUUUGCAAACUCUCCCCAGCCAAGUACAUCUGCGAGAUUGUAGAACGAAAUGCCUUGAGCCUCAUAGACUGCAUGGUGGAUUACGCCAAACGCAACGCCACUGCGCUAGUCAUCUUGGGCUCCAACUCCAUUACCUCACAGGCUACUACCACGUCCUUCGCCACUAGCAGCCCCUACUCCACCUCCGCCACCUCCAGCACCGCCACACUCAUCCACAUUAUAGGCAGCGUCACAUUGGCGAUGCUGCGCCGGCUGCCCAUGCCGCUGUUGCUCGUGACGCGUCAAUCCGCGGCAGCGGCUGCCGCAGCUGCCGCCACGUCAUCAUCGUCGAAAGGCGGUCGGCGCCGAGAGCUUCACGUCAUGGCCGUACUGGAGGGCAACGCGGGUACCAUGAUAGAUUACCUAGCUGGUCGGUUGUGCAACCAACGGGCUGGAGAUCAGUUGUACUUCACGUACGUCAAGCCAACUGCCAACUUAACUCAACAACAGGUCGGCGGCAUAAAGGCGCUCCUGAGCAAGCACGCGCAUCAGGCGUCAGCAUAUGGCAUGCGACCUGCCAAGACGUGCAUACUCGAUGGGCCCGCGGACCGUGCCCUGGCGGCCGCUGUGAAGGAAAAUGCCAUCGACCUAAUGGCCCUGCCGGCUGCACCGCUGGCGAAACAAGUGCCGCCGUCGGUGGUCGCGACGCUGCGUGCCGCCAGUACGGCAGUGUUGUGGUACCGCGAUCCGGAGCCGCCCGAAGAUCUCGAGGAAGGGGAUGCCUAA